AUGGCGGGAACGAACAACAAGGCCAUUUCCCCCAUGGUGAAGUCAUACCUAAGCCACAUGGGUAAACCAGACGCGAUAUUCCUGUACGGAGACAUUGGAGCAGGCACAGCAUUCAAAGUCAUCAACAACUGCCUCAGUGCCAUCACCUCGCUCGCCGCCUCCGAGGCACUCAACAUCGGGUCGAAAAUGGGGUUGGGCGUUGCCCUCUUGACGGGCGUUAUCAAUGUAUCGGGUGGACAGUGUUGGGUGACCAGUAAGAGCAAUCUCGCUCCUGGUAUACAGGCCGAUAUACCCAGUUCGAGAGGGUAUGAGGGCGGCUUUAGGAUUGAGCUGUGCGCAAAGGUGCUGGGCAUGGGCAGUCAAUUGGCCGAGAUGGUUGGUGCGAGGACGGUAUUAGAUAAACCUACUUUGGAGGCGUUUGGGGAGGCGAUGGCGGAUGAGAGAUACAAGGGAAAGGAUGCUAGGGUUGUGUACAAAUGGUUGAAUGAGAGCGAGCGGAAGUAG